GGAGCCCCUGGGCACGGCACAGCCCCAGUUCGCGGCACAGCCCUUGGUACAUGGCACAGCCCCAUGGCACAGCCUGAGUGCCAGCAACUGGCAUGAGACAGCACGCAAGGAAGGGACUGUGGGGUCUUUUGGCAGAGGAGGGCUGGGUACUCCCACUCCUGCUGUGCACUUCCUGGGGUUGAUGUAUGUUGGACUUUGCCCAGGGAGCUGUGGCGGUGGGGAGGGCUGGGUCCAUUGGGAGGGAUGUUCCCAGCCAGCAGCAUGGUGCCUGUGUCCGGGUGAGCUCCUGGUGAGGCAGACGUCUGGCACAGCUCCACCCUGCAGCGUAACUGUGCCUUAGCCACGGGGCAUCCCCAGGUGGGGCAAAGAACGGUGCUGUGACCCCUGCGCAGCUGUGCCAGCCGGUUCCUGGAGCAUCAGGCACCCAUCCCUCCAUGCCGCCCCGCACGCCUUUCUGCCAGUGGCAGCAGGCGCGUUCCUGCCACACCGUGCCGGGAGCCCAGGGAACGCGGUGUCUCUGGCUCGCCGGCCCUCGAGGCGCCCUAUUGUCUGCCGGCGGGGCCCACCGUGCCGCCCAGGGGCCGGGGCGUGCCCGGGCUGCCGACGCCUGGCCGGCCGGGCCUCCGCGGGCGGGCAGGCGGCAGGGGCCUCCAGGCAGAAGGAAUCGGCAGUGACAUUCCCGUAGCCUGGAGACCGCCGUCCCUUUCAGCGGGCAGCCCAUUUGAAUAAGAAUCGUGCACGGGGAAGGGGGGCCACCAGCCGCCAUCCCAUCGCUGCCCUUGCCCCGGCUCAUUUCUGCACACCCAGCUCGGGGGCAGCGAGUCCUGCUCGCCCUCGCCCCUGGCCUUGGUCCCGCUGGACGCUGCAGGACACCAGCAGUGCCAUCUCUGUGUCCCCCCCGGCUGAUCCCCUGGCUGUCCAUGGACCUCCUGGUGCUCGCUAUCCUCCUGGCAGGGGGACUGGCAGUAGGGGGCUGGGAGGAACCUGACCUGAGCCAUGGCUGCACUCGCGGGAGCUGCUACCCGGCCACUGGGAACCUGCUGAUGGGGCGAGCUGCCCGCCUGAGUGCCACCUCCACCUGCGGGCUGGAUGGGCCCCAGGAGUACUGCAUCGUCAGCCACCUCCAGGACUCAGAGAAAUGCUUCACCUGCGACUCACGGGACCCAUCCCUGCCUGAGAGCCACCGCAUUGAGAACGUCAUCUACCUGAGUGGCCCCCACGACCAGCGGACCUGGUGGCAGUCGGAGAAUGGCGUUGAGCAUGUCAGCAUCCGCCUGGACCUGGAGGGCGAGUUCCACUUCACCCACCUCAUCAUGAAGUUUAAGACCUUCCGCCCUGCGGCCAUGCUGGUGGAGCGCUCAGCCGACUUUGGGCGCACCUGGAAGGUCUAUCGCUACUUUGCCUACAACUGCUCCAAGCUCUUCCCUGGCAUCCCCAACCAGCCCUCAGGGCUUGUGGAUGAGGUGCUGUGUGACCAGCGCUACUCUGAGAUUGAGCCCUCCAGCCACGGGGAGGUCAUCUUCAAGGUGCUGGACCCCUCCAUCCCUGUGGCAGAUCCCUACAGCCCGGACAUCCAGGACCUGCUGCGCGUCACCAAUCUGCGGGUGAACCUCACCAAGCUGCACACACUGGGGGACAACCUGCUGGACUCGCGACGGGAGGUGCUGCACAAGUACUACUACGCUGUGGAUGAGCUGGUGCUGCGCGGGAGCUGCUUCUGCCAUGGCCACGCUGCCCACUGCGCCCCGGCACCUGGCGCUCCAACGCCCUCCGUCCCCGGCAUGAUCCACGGGCGCUGUGUCUGCGAGCACCACACGCAGGGACUGAACUGCGAGCGCUGCGAGGACUUCUACCACGACCUGCCCUGGCGCCCGGCCGAGGGCUCCAGCACCAACGCCUGUCGCCGCUGCGACUGCAACGAGCACUCGCAGCGGUGCCACUUUGACAUGGCCGUGUUCCUGGCCACGGGGAACACCAGCGGGGCCGUGUGUGACGACUGCCAGCACAACACCAUGGGCCGCCACUGCCACCUCUGCAAACCCUUCUACUACCGGCACCCUCGCUCUGACAUCCGCGCCCCCACUGCCUGUGCCCCGUGCGACUGUGACCCAGCGGGCUCGCUGGACGGAGGCGCCUGCGACGGGCACACAGAUGUGGCGCUGGGCAUGAUCGCAGGGCAGUGCCGCUGCAAGGAGAACGUGGCCGGUCCCCGCUGUGACCGCUGCCGACACGGCGCCUACGGCCUCAGCCAUGGAGACCCACUGGGCUGCCAGCCGUGCCGGUGUGACCCGCGGGGCACGGUGAUGGGCAGCUCCCCGUGUGACCCCAUCAGUGGGGAUUGCUACUGCAAACGCUUCGUGGCCGGGCGCUCCUGCAGCCAGUGCGUGCCUGAGUUCUGGGGCCUGAGCUACGACCUGGGGGGAUGCCGGCCCUGCGCCUGUGACUUCGGGGGAGCCUACAGCAACCGGUGCUCCAUGGAGGACGGGGCUUGUCCCUGCCGUCCCCACAUCAUGGGGCGGCAGUGUGACCAGGUACAACCCGGCUUCUUCUGCGCCCCCCUCGAUUACUACACCUAUGAGGCUGAGCAAGCCACCGGCCAUGGCCACAGCCACCCCCAGCUCCCGGGUGCCAUCCGGGCAGAGGUGCCUCAGGACUGUCUGGAGUACAACACUAGGGAGUCAGGGGGGCGGAAGGGACGCUCACGGCACCAGCGCAGCUCCCCCCGUGCCCCCCAGCUCCACACCCCCUUGCGCCGCAGCCGCCAGCAGCCCCCCAAGCCAGACGUGGAGGAGGUGGUGCGGGACGGUGCUGGGCACAUGGUGACGUGGACAGGCUUGGGGUUCGCCCGGGUGCGGGACGGGGCUGGCCUGACCUUCCUCAUGGACAACGUGCCCUACCCCAUGGACUACGAGCUGCUCAUCCGCUACGAGCCUGAGUCAGCUGAGGACUGGGAGGUCGUGGUCAGUGUCAGCUCCCGGGUGCUGCCCACCAGCCCUCGCUGUGGGAACCUGCUGCCCUCCGAGCAGGUGUACCGUGAGAGCCUGCCCCACAGCCAGAGGUACGUGCUGCUGUCCCGGCCCUUCUGCUUCGAGCCCAGCACCCCCUAUGAAGUGACCAUGCGGCUUCAGCGGGCUGGUGUCACCCAGCGCCACCCUGGCGCCUUCAUUCUCAUUGACUCGUUGGUGCUCCUGCCACGGGUGUUGGAGUUGCCGGGUUUCCACGGGGCGGAGGCGGCAGCGCGCCAGGAGGAGCUGGAGCGGUACCGGUGCCUGGAGGUGUUUCACAUGGCCCCCCCACACCCCUUGGCCCAGGCCUGCGCCCGCCUGGUCUGCAGCAUCUCAGCCCUGAUGCACGGCGGGGCACUGCCCUGCCAGUGCGACCCACAGGGCUCCCGCAGCAGCGAGUGCCAGGUCCAGGGUGGGCAGUGCGAGUGCAAGCCCCAUGUCAUCGGCCGACGCUGCGACCGCUGUGCCCCAGGCAGCUACGGCUUCGGGCCCCAGGGAUGCAGCCCCUGCAUCUGCUCCCCGGAGGGCUCGGUCUCCCAACUGUGUGAUGCAGUGAGCGGGCAGUGCCGGUGCCAGUCUGGUGCCGUGGGCCGGCAGUGUGACCAGUGCCAGCCCGGCCACUGGGGCUUCCCUGCCUGCCGGCCCUGCCAGUGCAACGGGCACGCUGAGGAGUGCGACCCUCGCACGGGCACCUGCCUGCGCUGCCGCGACCACACGGACGGACGGCACUGCGAGAGGUGCCAGGAUGGUUACUAUGGGAAUCCCGUGCUGGGCUCGGGCCAGCAGUGCCGGCCCUGCCCCUGUCCUGGCUACCCUGGCACGCGGCACUACCACGGGAGCUCCUGCCACGCCAACGAGGAGACCCACCACAUUGUCUGCCUCUGCGCACCUGGAUACGCAGGGCCCCGCUGCGACCGCUGCUCCCCUGGCUACUUCGGGGCUCCGGAGAUGGAGGGGGGCGUGUGCCGGCCCUGCCAGUGCAACAACAACAUCGACACCAGCGACCCGGGGGGCUGUGACCCUCGCACGGGGCAGUGCCUGCGCUGCCUGUACCACACUGCUGGGCCUCACUGUGCCCAGUGCCAGCCUGGCUACUACGGCAAUGCCCUGCAGCGCAGCUGCCGGCGCUGUGGCUGUGACCCACGGGGCACACUGGCUUCCCACUGUGCCAAUGGCACCUGUGCCUGUGACCGUGGCACAGGAGCCUGCACCUGCCGGCCCAACGUUGUGGGCAAGAGCUGCGACCGCUGUGCACCCCAGUUCUGGAGCCUGGGAGGUCCAGGGGGCUGCGAGCCCUGUGACUGCCACCCCAUACAUGCCCUGCACCCUGUCUGUGACACGGUGACCGGGCAGUGCCAGUGCCGGCCCGGGUUCGGGGGCCGCGUCUGCUCCCAGUGCCAGGAGCACUACUGGGGAGACCCUGAGCAGGAGUGCCGAGCCUGUGAGUGUGAGCCGCUGGGUGCCGAGAGCCCACAGUGCGAGCAGGACAGCGGGCAGUGCCAGUGCCGGCUGGGAUUUGGGGGGCUGCACUGUGACCGCUGCCAGCGGGGCUACCAGGAGCCCUUCCCCCACUGCUCGCCCUGCCACCCCUGCUUCGAGCGCUGGGACCCGGCCGUGGGCAGCCUGCAGGAUGGGCUGCGGCGCCUUGGGGCGCAGGUGCAGGCCCUGAGGGAGGGGGGAUCCGCGCUCCCACUCAGCCCUCGUCGCCUGAGGGAGCUGGAGGAGGCCCUGGGACGUGUGGAACGACUGCUUGGCGAAGCGGACAACCCCAGUAGCCCCCUCCUCAGUGGACUGCCCGGGCAGCUGGACGGCACCAGAAUGGAGCUGGACAACUUCUGGAGGCACCUCCAAGAGCUGGAACAACAUCUGGACCAGUUGGCGCAGGCAGAUGUGCGGCACCAUGACCAGCUAGCUGGGCUGAGCCACAAGCUGGGGGGUCUCAACCGAACCACCUCCCAUCUCCAAAUCCUCCUCGGCACCGUAACAACGACUGGAUUCAGCGAGUCUUACCGCAGCAUCCUGGCAUCGGCGGAGGCCUCGCGGCAGGCAGAGGUGGUGGCCAAUGGCACAGCUGGUAAGCUGAGCAGGUCACAGGCGACACGGCGGGCAGCUGAGCGGGCAUUGCGGCAGCGGGGCGAUGCUUUCCGCCGUGGCACAGCCGCGGCACGGAAAUCCUUGCGGGAGGCACAGAAACGGGUGAUGGGACUCAGCAUUGCCAGGAUCAAUGAGAAGAUAUGUGGGGCACCUGGAGACCAGAGCUGCAAGCACGCACCUUGUGGAGGAGCCUUGUGCCGGGACAGUGAGGGCACACGGCGUUGCGGUGGCACGGGUUGUACAGGGGCAUUGCCCAUCUCAGCUCGAGCCCUGAGCAGCGCCCGUAAUGCCUCACAGCAGUUGGAGGUGGCAUUAGGGCAGCUGGGUGUUGUGGCACAGAAGCCGGCUGCCCCCCAGAUGCAGGAGGUGCAGGAGCUGGCACGGGGGGCACGGAGCUGGGCGGAGGAGGCACUGGGGCGCUCACAGGCUGCCCGCAGCCGCGCGGAGGAGGCGACGACCCAGCUACGGGAUUUCAUCCGUCGAAUCAAGGCCUUCCUGGCAGAGGAGGGAGCUGACCCAGGCAGCAUCGAGCUGGUGGCCCAGCAGGUGCUGAACAUCUCCCUGCCCAGCAGCCCCGGUCGGAUCCAGGAGCUGCUGUGGGAGAUGCGGGAGAGCAUCAGCCAGCUGGAGGGGGUUGAUGCAGUGCUCAAUGGCACGGCAGAGGGGCUGGCCAUGGCACAGGGGCUACUGGCGCAGGGACAGGAGGCCAGGGAGCGAGCAGAAGGUGUGAGGGAUGAGCUGGCGGAGACACAGCAGGCGCUGGAGGUGGCACGGGCACAGGCAACGGCAGCAGGGAGUGCCCUGCAGAGCGCCAGGAAUGCCAUCCGGGCAGCUGAGAAUAAAGCCAGGGAGGCGGAGCGCAAGCUGCAGGCCCUGGACGGCAAGGAGACACGGGCACAGCGGCGGCUGCGGGAGCUGGCACAGCGCGUCACUACCCUGCAGGAGCGCGGCCGGAAUGUUCGCCACAUGGCCCAGCAAGCCAAGGACGGGGCACAGCGUGCCACCUCCACCUCGGGGACACUCAGCCAGGACCUGGCGCACGUGACGCAGCGCUACGUGUUGCUGAAGAACCGGGUGAGAGUGCUGGAUGGGGUAUCUGAUGGGGCCCUGCAGCGUGUGACACAGCUGACAACAGAGGCCCGAAACCUCCUGGACAAGGCCAGCAACAGCAAGAGGAAGCUGGAAGACCUGGAGCAGCGCUUUGGGGCCAACGAGCAGGCAAUGGCAGCAAAGGUGACACAACUGCAGGAGUUGGAGCAGCAGGUCUCGGGACUGCUGCAGGAGAUCCGCGAGAGGGCCAACGCUUAUGCCACCUGCUAGGGACCACCGACGGGGCCGGGGGCCGGUCCUGCCCCGCAGCCCCCUCCGGUCCCCGAGCUCGGAGGUCCCGUCCACUCCGCAGGCGCCUAUAGCGCGGGCGCGCCUGCAAAUAAAGCCCUGAACUGUG